GACCGUACGCGUCCGCCUGGAGGACCGCUUCAACAGCAUGCCGGCCGAGCCGCCUGCGCCUCGCGGUGCUGAGCCCGGCGAGUCGGGCGUGGCGCUCAACAAUUUGGUAACUCUUAUUCGACAUCCAUCUGAAUUAAUGAAUGUUCCUCUUCACCAGCAACAAAACAAAUGUACGACCUUAGUGAAAAAUAAAACUGCUGCUGCCACUACUGCUUUGCAGUUCACCUACCCGCUGUUUACAAGUGCCUGUCCCACUGGUGGGAAUGCCAGCCUUGCACAGACACAGAGUUCUAGUAACUCAUGUUCUAUACUGGAAGCUGCCAAGCACCAGGAUAUUGGACUGCCUAGAGCAUUUUCUUUCUGUUACCAGCAAGAGAUUGAGUCCACCAAACAGACAGGAGGUAGUAGAAACAAAGCCUUGCCCGAGCAGGUUUGGAUUAAGGUGGGAGAAGAAGCGCUAUGUAAACAAGCAAUCAAUAAGAGGAAUCGGAGUAGAAUCCGCCAGUUGGAUACAAGUGUGGAGCGAAGAGCCCUUGGAGAGAUUCAGAAUGUGGGCGAAGGCUCUACAGCUUCACAGGGUACCUGGCAGUCUUCUGAGUCCUCACAGUCAAACCUGGGGGAGCAGACGCAGAGUGGACCCCAGGGAGGAAGGUCUCAGCGUCGGGAGAGGCAUAACCGAAUGGAAAGAGAUAGAAGGCGCAGAAUCCGCAUUUGCUGUGAUGAGCUGAAUCUUUUAGUUCCAUUCUGCAAUGCGGAGACAGAUAAAGCAACAACCCUUCAGUGGACCACAGCAUUCCUGAAGUACAUUCAGGAAAGACAUGGGGAUUCCCUUAAAAAGCCCCUGCUGCAAAACAGACCCACACCAGAUGCUGAGGUCCAAUGUGGAGUUGAUACAGCAGGUAAUAAACACAGCUUCCCAGAGAAGAAGAAAAGACUGCCACUAGCAUUGGAUGGGCUCUGCAGUGUGGAUGAAGAACCCAGAAGCUAGAGCUUUUGCUGAGGCUGAUAUAGUGCCAUUUGCCACAGCACAGCCUGUGUUCAAGGGCUCAGGGUUGGGACAUGUAGCUUGAUGACUACAAGUUUCUAAAUGUCCUCAUAAGAGCAUGGUUGGCACAGAUGGAGCAGUAGGAAGCCAAGAGAUAGAGUCAUACUUCUCAGAUACUCUCGAAUUCUCAGGAAACUACUGUUACAAGAUUUUUUUCCCCCCUCUAGAACAUGCCACCAGAAGUACCUGUCCGCCACCCAGCAAGUACAUAUAACUUAUAUGUCACUAAGUGGCCAAAAGUAUGCAGUGCUCUGUUCUAAAAAAAUAAAGUGUCUUGCACAAAAUAACCCUGUACUCCUUGUCCUGCUCUGUGCCUGCCUUGCCCAUGGACUAUUCUGGGUCCCUCCUUGCUGAGGGCUGUGCUCCAGCUUCUUUGAUUUAUUCUGUAUGCAUUAAUAUUUUUUGUCAAAAGUUUGCUUUUUAUUAAUUAAAUACCCAUCCUUCCUCUGUCCUUCUGUCCUUCCCAAAUUAAAAAUUUAUGUUCUUUAGUCUCUUCCUAACGAGUGCAUUUAAAGCAAACAUUUCUUUUUUUCUUUGUAUUAGUGUUAGGAAACAAGACCUCAUAGCUCAUGUAACUCAGGCUGGCCUCAGACUCUGUGUAGCUGAGGUUGACCUUGAACUUCUGGUCUUCCUGCCUUUUCUUCUCAAGUGCCAGAAUUACAGGCAGUUUAUGCUGGGGAUUGGACCCAGGGCAUGAAUACCCUCUCAACUCCACCUUCCUCUCAGGUCUACUCCCAGAAGCAGUUAGUUACUGUUCCCAUACUGUUCAGCCAGAGAUGGGCCCAGGUGGGCCCUCAAGACAUCCCUUGGCUUUCUGCACUGGUUUCUAGGACAUCACCCUCUUGGGGCCAAGGAUGUGACUCAGUGGUAGAGUACUUGCAAGGCCCUGGGUUUGAUCUCCAGUGCUGGAAAACAAAACAAGACAAUGAGAUACCACUUCAAUAUUGGUCAGGAGAACAAAACAAAAUCUGAAAAUAACCAGAGUUAGGAAAGAUCUGGAGGAAUUCUAACCCUUGUGUGUGCCUUGAUGGUGAAAUGUGAAGUAGUGCGGCUACUGUGGAGAACAGUAUGGUAGUUCUCAGAACAGAACUGCCAAAAGACCCAGCAAUUCCACACACAGUGUAAAUCCAGGAGAUGGAAAACAGGAAUCAAACUGACAUUUGUCUCUGAGCAUUCACAGCAGCAGUGCUUAUCAACAGAGAGUGGACAAGCAGAAUGUUUUGUGGACACCCAUGGCAAUGUUCAGCCAUGAGAAGGAUUGACGGUCUGGCACCUGCUGUACGGACACUCCUUGACAAACUGGGUGAGAUAAGCUAGUCACCAAUGUGAGGUCCCUGGAAUAGAUCUGACUCAGAGAUGGAAACUUACUGGUGUGUGUCAGGGCAGGCAAUGGGAUGCCAUGGUUAAUGAGGACAGUUUCUGUUUGGAAUGAUAAGAGACAUUUUGGAAGAAGCUCUGGUGACGGACACUGUACUGUGUUCUUAUGCCCUGGAAUUGUAAACUUGGAAGUGGUGAAAACACCAAAUUUUACUAUACAUAUUUACCAAAGCAGGAACAUACAAACCUAGAUUUAUGAGUCUACAACACUAUACAUAAAAAAAGAAAAAAAUUCUAAACUUGAACAAAAACAAUGGAACAGUGAAGGCCCACAUCCAUGAACCCAACCUCCUCUCACUUUAGUGAAUUCAAGCACUUCCUAUUUUCAUUUGUAGACAGCUAUUCCGAUGUCUGCCUCUGCACUCAUUUGUGUAUUUGAAUUGAAAUCCAAAUACUGAUCUCUUUCCUCUCAGGGUCACUUAUCUUGUAGGAAUUCCCACAUUCUGCAUUUCACAAAUUCAUAGAAAUGGUUAACUACUUGUUUCCUGCAUCUUCAAGACUAGCCUUCUUGAGUGUCUCCCCCACCCUCCCAAUACUUGGGCCAUCAGACUUGGUGUAGCUAUCUGGUAACAUUGAGGCAAACCCUGUGUUUAGGGGGCCAGCCGUGUGGAGACUUUAGACCUAAGGCCUUUUAAAAGGCAGGGGAAGCCGGGUGAAUAAGCAGAGACUAGCAGCCUGCAGGGAGUUGCUCUUGGUCUCACUGUGUGCAGGGACUGUACCUAGUCCUUGGCUGACCAAGGAUCCUCACCAGUGUGUAUGAAGGGACAGCCACCGACCUGGAUACUUAACAAAUUAUGAAAAUGGUACAUUUUAUGUUUUUUAACCAUAAAAAUGGCCAUUUUGGCAUAUACUCAGACUGAGAAUUUAUUGGAAAAUCUUUUUAAAAAAUAGUGUAACCGCUGUUGAGGGAAAUUUUUGUUUUUUCCUGUUUUCUCACAUACCUGCUCACCAAGGUGUGACAUUUGUAAUACCUUAGCUCAUACUUUGAGAUACUUUACAUGGCUCCUAAUUUCAGCCUCUUGUGCUUUUGAAACUAGCAGCGUUCACAUCUUUG